UAUUACUUUCUUUUUACUAGAUUCAUUAAAUAAUAGAAGAUAUUCAUUAUGCAACAAUCAACAAAAUAAUAAAGUCAACAAAAAUUAUAAGAUUAAAAUUAAGAUAAUAAAGAACAAAACGAUAACAUAUAUUCGCAAUUAACUUUUGAAAAGAUUAUUGGAAAUGGAACAUUCGGAGUUGUGUAUUUAGCAAAAGUUAAUUAAACAGGAGAAAAAGUUGCUGUAAAAAAAGUCUUUUAGGAUAAAAGGUAUAAAAAUCGUGAAUUUGAAAUUAUUUAAACAUUAAAUCAUUAAAAUUUGAUUAAACUAAAAUAUGCUUAUUAUACAUAAGGCAAUAAAGAAGAUGAAAUAUAUUUAAAUAUAGUAAUGGAUUUUAUACCCGAAACACUAUCCAACGUAAUAAGGCAUUAUAGAAAAACGAAAUAACAAUUUCCACCUUUAUUAUUGAAAGUAUUUUCUUACCAAAUGUUUCGAGGAUUAGCAUAUUUAAAAUCAAUAAAUAUAUGCCAUAGAGACAUAAAACCCCAGAAUAUAUUAACCGAUUCAAUAAAUUAUUUAUUAAAAAUAUGUGAUUUCGGUUCUGCGAAAAGAUUAGUUUCAGGUGAACCAAACAUUUCUUAUAUCUGCUCAAGAUAUUACAGAGCACCUGAAUUAAUUUUUGGAGCAGAAUAAUAUACCACAUAAAUAGAUGUAUGGUCAAUAGGAGUAGUAAUAGCGGAAAUGAUAUUAUGUUAACCUUUAUUUCCUGGUGAAAAUUCAGUCGACUAAUUAGUAGAAAUUAUCAAAAUUUUAGGUACACCUACAAAAGAAUAAGUAUUAAAAAUGAAUUCUUAACAUACUUAAUAAUUCAAUUUUCCUUAAAUAAAGUCUGUUUAAUGGUCUAAAGUAAAAAAACUAUAUAUUUUAAAAAAAUAAAUAAAAGGUGUUUGUCAAAUAAAAACCUGAUGCUUUACUUGUUGAUUUAAUUUCUAAACUACUUGUAUAUAUUCCUACUGAAAGGUAUACUCCUUUAGAAACUUUACUUCAUCCAUACUUUGAUGAAUUAAGAAGUGAAAACUUUUAUUUAAAUAAUCCUAAUAUGCCUGAUUUAUUGAAUUUUAAAUAAGAGGAAAUUAGUACUUAGCCUUAGUUAGAAAAAAAAUUAAUUCCAGAUUGGUAUAACUAUAAAUAAAGUGAAUAACUGAAUAAAGAUUUUAUUUAAAAAGUUUAAAUG